AUUUUUUAUCCCCCCACCCUUUUUUUCCCUCUUUCCUUCCUUUUACGAUCCCUUUUGAUCGAAAACCAAACCCCUUUUUUACACCCAAAAGAAAAGCUCUACCCUGUAAUUCGUCCUGUCUGUGUGCAACCCUGUGUGGCUAAGAAAGAAACAUAUUUGUUUCCCAACCCCGCAUCGCAAUAUUUGUUGUUUUAUUUACUAGAGAGCGUUGGGUUUACUUUUUGUCACAUGACACACCGUACUUCCGGUUCCGCUGCAGCCUGUUUCACUCGGGAGAAGAACAAAGAAGUGUUUUUGUUUGUUUUUCACGGAGAUUUUGAUAUUCACAGAUGACAUUGGCACAAAACGACUUCUGUACAUUGGAGACAUCUGGAAUAUUUAUCAGUUUUUUUAAAAAAUAAAGGAAAACGUUUUAGAGAACAGAUAUAAUAACCCAACUGCUAUAAAUCUAGGAUUGAAUUACUGUGAAAUAUUUGCCCUGAGUGAAGAUUCAUAGCAACAUUUCUCCAUCUCCUUACCUGGUGCUUUUGCAUUCUAAUUAAACUUGAAUAUAUUUACAAAGGAGUUUGCAGCAUCUUUAGAUAUCAAUAAAAUAGCAGUGGAAAUACUUCUAAGAAAUAAACUAUAACAAGAAGAAGAAGAAGGAAAUUACAUGCUGUGGUGAGAGAAGAAAGAUAAGGGGAAAAUUUAAUACUGUGAGAAACUUCAAUGGUUGGGUCUGUUUGUAUCCCUUAGAGAAAUAAUGUCAAAGGAAUUAGGAAAAUCACAACGUGAUUGUGAAAUCUGUGGUAAAUCAUUCCCAACAAGCAGUAAAUUGAUUAAUCACAUUCGUGUUCAUACAGGUGAGAAGCCCUUUCACUGUGUUACCUGUGGUAAAUCAUUCUCUCAAAGCAGUACCUUGACUACACACAAACGUAUUCAUACAGGAGAGAAGCCAUAUAGCUGUGAUAUCUGCGGCAAAGCAUUCUCUGACAGGAGUGUCUUAAGCGUACACAGGCAUAUUCAUACAGGUGAGAGACCAUAUCACUGUGACAUCUGUGGUAAAUCAUUCUCUGACAAGAGUGUCUUAAGCAUACACAGGCGGAUUCAUACAGGAGAGAAGCCACAUCACUGUGAUAUCUGUGGUAAAUCAUUCUCUAUAUGUAGUAACUUGAUUAAACACAUUCGUGUUCAUACAGGUGAAAAGCCAUUUCACUGUGAUACCUGUGGUAAAUCAUUCUCUCAAAAUAGAAACUUAACUCAACACAGACGUAUUCAUACAGGUGAGAAGCCAUAUAACUGAUGUCUGUGGUGUCUCAUUCCCUCAAAAUAGUGACUUAACUGAACACAAAUUUGUACAUACAGGAGAAAAAACCCCAUCGUUGUGAUAUCUGGGAAAUCAUUCUCUCAGAGAAAGGGAUUAACUCAUCACAAACGUACUCAUGCAGGGGGGGAGAAACCAUAUCUUUGUGAUUUCUGUGGUUAAUCAUUCUCUCAAAGAAGUACCUUAAUUAGACAUGCAUCUAUCCAUGUGAAAGUGUGAUUCUGUCAUUGUUAAAGUUACUGUUGUUAUGUUUAAUGUUGGGGGCAAAUAUUAAGACCACAAUCUGGGGCAGAGUUGUUGGCAUGUCUGGUAAAAUGUUUAUCAGGAUUUCAUCCAUGUUUAUAAAGUGAUGGGAAGAAAUGAAGGAAAGGACCAAGAUGAAGAUUGUGUUUUGGAGGUGAGGAGAAAAGAAAAGACAGGGAAUGUUGUUUCUUAGACUCCCAAGAAGAAGCAUAAGGUUGUGGAUGAACCCUUUCUGCAAUCUAUGAAGGGUUUUGUGAAAAAAUAUCGA